AUGACGAUCGAUACAACCAAACAGAAGCGCAAGCUUGAUUCCAAGCAAAACACAUCCCCAAAACGCAGAAAGGUCCAGGCCAAUGGCAAAGCGCAACCGAAAGCCAAGAAACCCAAGAGAGUAGUGGCGGCCGACUCGCUGUCGUGGCGCUCAGUGGACAUUCCUGAGCUUUUUGACGACGCCGAAGGCUUCUUUGGACUGGAGGAAGUGGAGGGCGUAGAUGUCAUUCGGGAUGGGGGCAUGGUCAAGUUUGUUACUGCUGCCCCCACAGCCGAAAACGACGACGACGAUGACGGCGACGAUUUCAGCGGCUUCGACGACAAUCCCGAGCCCACAUCUCCUGUAGCUGCUGAGGAAGCAAAGUCCGAAGAAUCUGCAAAACCCCUGCCCCAAAAGAAGCAGCAAACCAAGCAGACCAAGCCAGAAACGCGGGAGAAAAAAGAGAAGCCGGCAAAGGCAAAGAAUAACGAGAAACAGGCCAGCAAAACCGACGACGAUGAUCUGGGCAAAGGUUCUUUCGCGGCACUAGCAGGGAUUGACGAGACAGACGAGGGUGCAGACGUGUCGGAAUGGAUACCUCUGGGGCUUUCUGAGGAGAUUAUGUCCUCGAUAGCCAAACUAAAGUUUGCAAAACCCACUGCGAUCCAGGCUGCAACGAUUCCCGAAAUCCUGGCUGGUCAUGAUGUUGUCGGCAAGGCCUCGACCGGCUCUGGCAAAACAUUGGCAUUCGGCAUACCGAUUGUGGAGAAGUGGCUGUCUACCAACACAAGUACGCAGUCGAAGCGCGCCGCGGAGAACGAGACCAAGACUCCGAUUGCAUUGGUGCUCUCUCCGACAAGAGAACUUGCGCACCAGUUGACGGAUCACAUCAAAAACCUCUGCGCCGGAUUGACGACUUCACCAUACGUGUGCUCCGUUACGGGCGGUCUAUCAGUUCACAAGCAGCAAAGGCAGCUGGAGAAGGCAGACAUUGUGGUGGGAACACCAGGUCGUCUCUGGGAAGUAUUGAGCUCAAGCACGAAACUCAUCCAAGCAUUCAGGGGCAUCAAGUUUUUGGUGGUCGACGAAGCGGAUCGCCUUCUAUCGGAGGGCCACUUCAAGGACGCCAAGGAUAUAUUUGAAGGUCUUGACAAAGUAGAGACAGAUGAGGAUGGCACCACCAGGGGAGGCAAAGCCAGGCAGACGCUAGUCUUCUCGGCGACCUUCAACAAAGGCCUACAGCAAAAAUUGGCCGGCAAGGGUAGAUUCGACCUGGCCACUGAUUCGCAGUCGAUGGAGUACUUGCUCAAGAAGCUCAAGUUCCGAGAAGAAAUACCCAAGUUCAUCGACGUCAACCCGGUAUCACAGAUGGCUGAAGGACUGAAGGAGGGAAUUGUUGAAUGCGGUGCGAUGGAGAAGGAUCUUUACCUUUACUCGCUGCUACUCAUGCACCCAACACAAAGGACCCUUGUCUUCACAAACUCCAUCAGCUCAGUGCGUCGGUUGACUCCCAUGCUCCAACAGUUGUCGUUGCCUGUCAUCGCGCUCCAUUCCCAGAUGAUUCAAAAAGCACGGUUACGGUCUGUCGAGCGGUUUACUUCAUCAAAGCCCGGGUCCGCCUCUAUCCUUAUUGCCACGGAUGUGGCCGCUCGAGGUCUGGACAUCCGCGGCAUAGAUGUCGUCAUUCACUACCACGUGCCGCGCACGGCAGACGCCUACGUUCACAGAUCUGGACGCACAGCCCGUGCCGACAGUUCCGGAUUGAGCAUUCUUAUCUGCGCGCCAGAGGAGGUGACGCCAACGCGGCGACUAGUAGCCAAAGUGCACGCUUCUGCCGCUGCCAAGGCGAAGAAAAAGGGGCCGGCGGGCGGCGUUUUUGUGCAUUCCGUCGACCUCGACCGGAGACUGGUCAGCAAGCUACGCGAGCGCGUACAGCUGGCCAAGCAGAUUGCCGACUCGACGCUCGCCAAGGAGAAGAUCGGGAAGGAGGAAAACUGGAUGCAGAAGGCGGCCGAGGAACUAGGAGUCGACUACGACAGUGAAGAUCUCGAAAAGGCUAGCAACUGGAGCGGUCGCGGCAGUGGACGCAAGAGCAAGCAGAAGGAGGCCAAGGAGAUGAGCAAGGCAGAGGUUGCCAGCCUGAAGGCCCAGCUGAAACAGUUGUUGUCCAAAAGGAUCAAUUCCGGUGUCAAUGAGCGCUAUAUCGCCAACGGCAACGUAGACAUUGAUGGACUUCUCAGUGGGGCCAAGGGAGACUUUUUGGGCAAAGUCGAGGGGCUUGGUGUGAGCCCUUUGCUUCAGACGGAGUGA